AGAAUUAUCACAGAAAAAAGCAGGAUGAAUUACAUGCAAAGAUUGAUGUGCUUAAGAAUUGUAUACCAGACUUGCCAGGUUCUGGAAUAAGUAGGUCAAUAGAUAAUCACGAUCUACUUGUCAAAUGUAUUAUUAAUAUGGCCAUGGCAACUACCCGAAAAACCAGAAACCCCAGAACUAAUAACUUUACCUUGAUUUUGGACCUGUUCCUAAAAAAAUAUAACUUGUCCGCCGAAUCCAACCCAUCUCAAUUAUGUGACUAUGCUAGUGAACUUGGUGCUACGCUUCCAGAUUGGAAAGCCCGCAAAAGUGUAAAAGAAGCUCUUCGCCAACACCUAUUCAAAGAAGACCAGAUCAAGGCUCUUGUACCAGAUAAAAGGAAUGAAAAACUUACUAUCAAAGAGAGAGCUCAAUACUGUGUGAAAUCUGGAGAUCCAUAUGAUAUUUGGUUACAUGCUUUAGAUUUAAUCAAGACAAAAAAUGAUAGUGAUGAAGAAAUUGUCACAUCCAGCUCAUGUCUUACAUUAUUUCGUAAGGAAUUGAAAGAAGCUGGAGUUGAUUCUAAAGUAAUUGAUAAAUAUGCUAAAUUUUCAGAUCUUACUCAAGCAUCUAACGAAAUUCAGAAGAAGCAACUUGUACAGCGAUUAACCAAUCCAUUUAAAACUCCUAAUACUCCUAAACACUUCUCCUUAGAGGUGGGACUUAGAAGAAUUCAAAAUAUUGAUACUACUAAAAUUCCAACUAUGUGGGAUCUUGCCAAUGUGAUUAUGAUGUUGAGUAUGAGACCCACUGAAGUUACUACUCUUCAUAUUAUCCAUUGUGAACCUAAUGAAUCAGACCCUCCUGAAUGGUACAAACCCAGUUAUUAUUGGUAUUGUACAGGAUAUGUUAAGAAUAAGGGAGAAAAGAAGGUUGAUCCUGAGCCUCAACAAUUCCUUUCCAUGGAAAAGAAUCAAGAGAAUUGCUUACUUGGAUUCAAGAUGCCAUAG